AUGGCAAACAACAACAUUACGUAUAACCAAUAUUCCCCUUACAUCCCACAUUUAGAUACCAUGUCCUCAGUUAACAUCACUUCACCUGAGUUGUCGCAAGGCGACUUGGCUGCCGAGUAUGACCUUUGGGGCAAUCCGGGAAUUUCUUUUAAUCAAUCGACGAAUAAUGAUAAAUUUAAACAACAACAAAUGACUAACUAUACAUUUGAAAUUCUAAAUCCCCAGUUGGCAGCUAUGAAUCAACAUUCUCAGCAACCACCCACGACACAUCAACAACCGCCAAUUACAGCUUCUACAAUCACACCGUUUAUUGCAUAUGCCACUCCUACACCGGUGGCUACAUCACCUUUACAACCAACAAGUAUAGUCACUCUUGCAUCAUCCACGAACAGUAGUCAAUCUAAUAAUUCACCUACUGAUCCAAAUUUCACAAUAUAUCAUCAAGGAUCAAUACCAGGUGUAAUGAUUUCUAAUAAUAUUCAUCUAAGUGGUGGAAGUGGAGUAGAUUCUUUAGAGCCAAUCUCAUCAUCUCGUCAAUCUUCUGUUGAUUCAUUAGAUUUUUCACAUUCUUAUGCAUUAUAUGGAAAUGAAUUUGAUGCUGCCAUGGAUCCUGACUUUCGUGUAAAACUUGCAGCUGAAGAAGAUAAAAGAAGACGAAAUACAGCAGCGUCCGCUAGAUUUCGUGUAAAAAAGAAGAUGCGUGAACAAACUCUUGAAAAAACUGCAAAAGAUAUGACUUCCAAGGCUGAAGCGCUCGAAGGCAAAGUUAAGGAAUUAGAAUUAGAAAUUAAGUGGUUAAGGAGCUUGAUUGUUGAAAAAGAUGCCAGGCUGCUGGAUAUUGAACGUCCAGAGAAACAAUCGAAUAAGGAUGAAGACAAAUGUGAUGAUGAGGAAAAAUGUGAUGAUGAAGUGAUUGAAGAUAACCAACCUCAAGAAACAUCAUCGAAUAAUCAACUAUCUCAAAAAUAA